AUGCAGAUGGUGGUAAAUAAUCCGUUUCCUACAAGCCUGAAGUCCGAAUCGAAGAAAGCAGCUAAGAUUCUGGAAGAUUUUACCAUGCCCUCUGUGGGCAAGGGGGUCGAUCAAAUCAUUCCAGCUGGAAUCAUAGCCAAAGCGAGAGGUAUUGCGAUACUUACCGUGGUGAAAGCGAGCUUUUGGCUCAGCAUACGCGGUGGCAGCGGUGACGUCAUCGCCAAGCUGAAAAGUGACAGUACAGGCUCGGGGGAAAUUGGUAUUCGAUACUCGAGCAUAACUGACGAGAGAAAUCCGCAUUCUAAUUGGUCAGUUACAGAUUUCGUCAUCAUCCUCAGCAACCAAUCAGCGGUCGAUGCGUUCUCGCUGGGAGGUAACGUCACUCUGGGUAGAAACUUGACUGUGGCCGUUGGUCCGCUCGGUAGAAACGUAGAAGGUGACGUGGCGCUGCGUAACACGGCUGCCGUGUACACGUACUCGCGCAGCAAAGACCUGUUCCUCGGCAUCAGUCUCGAAGGCUCGAUGCUGGUCGAGCGCAAGGAUUGCAAUGAAAAGUUCUAUCACCGCAAGAUCAGAAGUCGUGAGAUACUAGUCGGAGGCGUCGAUGUGCCUGCAGAGGCAGAGGUUCUAUAUGCGGCCAUCGAUAGUCACAUGACCACCGCUGAACAGUACGUGGUCAGCGAGGCAAAGAGACGAGCGAAGAAAGGAAGUGCAAAAAUCCGCCGCCAGUGUUUCCUACAAGACGCGGAGACCGAAUCGAAUACAGCGCUGGUGGUGCGAGCCGUGUCAGAUUUCACUGGUCAGAUGCCAUACGACCUGUCCUUCCGCCGUAGAGGCAAUCUCAUUAACCUUCUCACGCAGACCCAGUACGACUUCGACUGGUGGGAAGCAGAGCUGCAUGGCAGGAUCGGGACCUUUCCCGCCAACUACGUCAAACCGUUGUGAA